UCCUGUACCAAGAUGGCGCUGCACUUGCCGCUGCAAGCCUGCUUUGUCAACCUGUGUUUCUACUGGCACAAGUUAGCAGCUUUCAACCACCUUCUUAUGUGUACGAAAGCGUAAGCUGAAUCAGAAUACUACUAUAGCGGUUUUAUUACGUGCUACUAUCCCUGACCGUGAGGUGCGGAGUGCUCACGGCGGUGAAAAGCAAAAAUGAAUGUGAAAGAGACAGACGAACAGCAAAAGCUGCGCUUCCAGAUUGAACUAGAGUUUGUUCAGUGCCUGGCAAACCCUAACUACCUGAACUUCCUUGCACAGAGAGGUUACCUCAAACAGAAAAUGUUUGUGAAUUACCUGAACUACCUUCAGUACUGGAAGAAGCCGGAGUACUCCAGGUACCUCAAGUAUCCGAUGUGCCUUUACUUCCUAGAGUUGCUCCAAUAUGAACACUUCCGACGCGAGAUAUCCAACGCCCAAUGCGCAAAGUUCAUCGAGGACCAACAGCUCCUGCAUUGGCAGCACUACACUCGGAAACGCAUGCGACUUCUACAGCAGCCGGCCACAGAAGCUGCCGCGGCCCCUACCAGCGCUGCCGCUGUUACUGCACCACAAGCGCCGACGCAAAAGUGAACGAGAAGAAAGGAACUAGAUGCCUUUUUGCCCUCUUUUCACUUACUACUGGUCCCCCACCGCUGCUGUGCGGUCACGUAAUCCUGCUCGUCGGCCGCAGCGUUUCAAAUCUACACUCCCUGCGCACACGCUUAUUAAAAGCGAGAUGACCUGCGAGUGA